AUGGGGACGGGAGCUAGUGCAUCAAAGCAGCAGUGGACCGCAGCUGAUGAAGAUAAUACGGCUGUUGAAGAUGUAAGACCGCGUACGGCCGCAAAUGCGAACCUUCCUACAAACGACAUGACUGGAAUGACGAAACUAGUGGAAGCUAAAAACAAGUUUUUGAAGAUCAAAAGUAAAGAGAAGAACACGGCGUGUUUCCAAAAACAGGUAUCUGAAGUUUACAACUUGCAGUGUAAAAUCCCUUCAUGAUUUCCCUGGCUACUUGAUAUAUGUUUGAAUAACAAAAAAAUUUCCAAGGUACGACUAAUAAACAGCAGAGCUUUACUUUUGAGCAAAAUUUUCUAAGAUUUACUCCUUACGGAAUGAUUAUUAGAUAACUGAUAACUUUGAUUCGCCUGUGAAGUUCUCUAUUAUGUUUUUCGCAGGGGGGGAGGGGCUUCUACACUGGGGCAACACUAAUAUGCCGUUUCUACUCUAUCCCUUCGUCUCAACAAAAGUUUACAAAACUUUCCCUUCUGUAAGGUCAACACCACUUAGUUGUAAUCACACUUUCACAUGCUGUCUCAUCUUUAUCAAAAGGAUGCUGUUUCGCUUUUUUCUUGUCACAGAGAGAUUAAAAUGAUAUACUUGGAUGCAUUAAAAGUAAAACUCUUGAAACAGGCCUAAAAUUUUUGAACUGUUGUUUUGAAAAUGUAUUGUAAAUAAACUUGCUUAUUAAGUACUCUUUGUUAAGCUUGAUGGAACAGAUAUUAUCAAAGAACUGUACAAGCGCAUGGACCCAACUGUGACACAACCUGACACAGGAGAUAUCAAAGGAGAUAUACAACUCUCUCUCAAGUACAAUCACAAACAACAGCUUUUACUGGUUAAAGUCAUUCGCGCUAGAGACCUUGUUCCUAGAGAUCUGAAUGGAAAAUCAGACCCAUAUACUGUGUUAGAUCUUGUCCCAGAUGUGUAAGUCUGUUAUUUUGUUACAAUAUUUGGCAAGUGAUGUAGUCUACAGGUGAUAAAUACAGUACUUUCUUUUCAUUUUUGCAUCAUGUCAAAAAGGCCUGGUCUUACACCCUCAUCAAAAUUUACAGAGUUCUCAUACACACUAGAAGUUAAACACUCUUCAAACAAAUUUAUUCAAAAUUCAGAAUAGAUACACAUAUAGCUAUUUCUACUUUUAUUUGCAUGACUGUCAUACCUCGGUCUAAUAUCUUCUGCAUAAUUUUUUUUAUAAGAAAUGGAGAAGGACAGAAAAAGACUGGGUACAAGUCCAAGACACUCAACCCUGUGUUCAAUGAAAUAUUUUCAUUCCAAUUGGAUCAUUCACGCAUAGCAGACACAAAGCUAAGAGUGGCUGUUUGGGACCAUGAUUUUUUUGGUGAAGAUGACUUUAAUGGUGAAGGUGUAGUGGACUUAUCUGCGAUCAGUCUUAACUCUGGAACUCAUACCGAUUGGUUUAUGCUUCAACUUGCAGUAUGUUAUUACUUUUAUUACAAAUAAGACUUACAAUUAAAACUCUGAUUGGGCGAGAGCAUACUGUCAAUAUACAAUUAUAGCAUGUGAAGUUAACAUCAUAACCCAAUAUCUGCAGCAGAUAUUGGGAUAUCAUGUUUAGUUUAAAGUCUGCUUAGUUUCCAAGCCCCGUAGUAGGUGAAGUGUUCUCAAACUUUUGCAAAAUCAGAGACAAGUGUGUUAUUUUGCAGAUUGUGUAAAAAAAGAAUAAUUAAACAAUUAUUGAAGUCAGUUUGGGCAUGAUAUAAUGAAUUAUCAAGCCUCAGGUCUGUGUUAUCUGCUGAAGCCAGAGGCCGAGGCAGAUAACACAGACCUUACCAUUGGUAUCAUGCUCAAACCCAUGUAAUAAUUGCUUGAUAUGUGCGUCUAAUUAAUGUCAGAAAUUUUGAAUGAUUGAAUAUGAACUUGAUGUGUCUUGACCUUGUAGAGAAACAUGAGAAACUUAGUGGCCCUGUGGUUUGUGCUCUGUAUUGCACAGAGAAGUCUGGGUUUGAGCCCUUUCUGGUAGAAUUAAUGGUGUCAUGUUCUUGGGGAAGACUAGGGUUAAACCCUAGACCUAGGGUUAAAUUUCAACACAGAUUUCUUGAUUCCUCAGUUCAAAAGCCUCCUUCAGUUAACCUUCUCUAUUCUCUUUAGAGCAUGCAAUCAGCAAAUUGUAGACAAAAAAAAAUUAUACUGAAUUUUACUUCAAAGCUUUCAUAUCUUAAAGCAGAUUUCACACUAACCCUGAGUUUAGUCUUAACCCAGUUUUGAACAUCCUAGCCCAAGAUUAUGAACAUCUACCAGUGAAAUGAACUGCCUGGGAAAUGCAACAAAUUACUGUAAGGAGGAUUGGGGUUUUAACUUGUUAUUAACCCUUUCAAAGGGAAAGCAAUUGAUCCAUUUUUUGAAAGAAGGAAAUCAAUAUCAACUGUUUCUAAACCUCACCCAAGUUUCUUGGUUAAGGAAAAGAAAGACCAUUAUUUUGCAAAAGUUUUCUAUCCAUUGUUGGAAAACUAGAGAUUGAAAACAGGUUUGGGGGGAAUUUUCUCUAUGUGUUAUUUUAAAGUGGAUAAAAUACUUCCACAUGCAUUUUCAAGUUUGUUUGUGCAUGUAAGUUGUAUUUUUCUGGAGGAUCUCUCUUAGUGUUGACACCCAAUUCAACCCAGUCUUUUCCAUAACCCGAAUCCCUAGCAUCUUGAUAAUGCAACAAUAUACAUGUAAGCACUGAAGUUUUAUUAAAGAUUUUUAAAUUCUAGGACCAGUUUGGAUACAAGCACUAGAUUUGAAUUCAAGUUUUAUGAUAAAUACAAAUGGAAGAUAUCCCUUACAAAGCUCUAUUGUGCACAUUUUGAGCAACUUACUUUGCAAAGCUUUUGUCAUCAGAUGCAAUCAAACUCUUUCUCUGCUGUAAAACUAUGAGACUGCCAACUUGUUGGUAUCUUGUUAGGCUACCAUUUUUGUAAAUACUCACCCUAAGGGAUAAUGUUGAGGGUCACUGUACUUUUCCCACUAAUUUGAAAAUAACAGAGAUUUGUUCUUACCCACUGUUUUGUGAUUGGAAAGUCUAAGACUUUGAGGAUAUCUCAUAUUUGAAUCUUAAGGUCUAUAUUUGGAAUACACUUGUUGAUGAAACAAAAAAAUAAUGAUAUCAUAAUAAGUAAUGUUAAUAGGACUGAGUGGAGUCCAAGUCAGUCUGUAAUCAUGUAAGUGAUAACAAAAUCUGACAACAGAGUAUGAUUACAGACUGAAGUGGACAACAUGAAGCCCUAUUACCAAUUAAUCAUAAAAAUUACAAUUUCUGAUGAAAGAAGAAUAGCCAAGUUAUGAAAGUAAGGUAAAAUUUUGAUUUAAACUACAACUUUGAAUGUGAUUGGCUUAUUGAACAGUCCAAUAUCAACUUGGCAAGUGAAUUAGUGGAAAAUAGGAGUUUUUUAAACCAAUCACAAUCAAGGAAAUUGUUAUUAAGCUCAUUUUCAUCAACCUUCAUUUGCAGACUGAUUUCAGCAUCAAAGGAGAAUUAGAAAUAAGUCUUGAAUAUGAAGAACCUGAAACUCUGAUAGUAACCAUCCACAAAGCAUUCAAUAUCAAGGCUGGAAACACGCUGAGGAACACCUCUGAUGCCUUUGUCAAGUGUGCAAUUUCUGGAACUAGUUUUCAAUAUGAAACUGAGGUGUGUGUAUGAUCUUCAAAUAGCUAACUGGGUAACUUCCUAGCCACUGGGGAUUUUUUUAAUAAUUUGUAUUGUAUCUACUCCUCCUGACUAUGUAUUUGCAGAGUCCCCAGUUAGAACAGAGCUGCUUAAUCACUGAACCCUUUAACUCCCAAGAUCUGACUGUUGAUUCUCCCCUCCAGCUGCUACACAUUUCCUUGUAAAUUAGUAAUGAGAAUUUGGUGUUAGAUUGGAAUAAUAACUUUGUUUGCUGGACAAUGUAUGGAUAUUAUAGGAAGAAGUUUCAUGUUAAUCACUUCUGGGAAUCAAAGGGUCAAAUUGAUUUUUUAAUUUAUUAUACCUGUAUAUAUACUUUUGAACAUGCUCUUGAGCCUCCUCUUCUUCAAGCUUCCUUCUCCAACGAGCACUACUCCUUCUCUGAAAAGAUUUCUAGGCUUUGAUCCGUUUCAAUGUCAUACUUAUUCAAUUAAUUCACUCAACAUUUUUUUAAAUAAUAUUUUGAUGUGAUUUGCUGAAGUAAAAAGUCACAUAUUACAAAGUAAGUAUUCUUAGACAAUUCUUUUAAGGUGUAUAUUAACACAAAUCAACCACUCGUCAAAAACUUACUACAAUAAACCAAAAGUUGGUAUCAUCAGUCAGUUGCGCCCCAUUUUAAACUUCUGAAUGAAAUAAGCCCUUGUGUAUACCUCCUUUUUAUGAUUGAGCUAUUACAAGAAAAAGCGAUUGAAUAAGUCAGUUGUUAUGAAAAUUGAGCGCUGUAAAUUGUCUGCUUCUCAAGCUAAAUAAGGCCUCACUGUUUCCCACAACUCCCUCUUUUAGUGGCUCUUGUGUGAAAAUCCCCAAUCUCACAAAUAUUGUGCCUUUUAACCACAGGUUGUUAGUAGUACGUUGUUUCCAGAAUUUGAAGAAACGUUUGAAUUCACCGUUCCGCCUGAGGAGUUUCCGUCGAGGUAAAUUAGUGUAUAUGUUAUUUAUAAUUCCUUGUAUAACAUAAUUCAUCGCUAGUGGGAAAGGAAAGCUAUAUAAAAUUUAGAAUCCUAGCCAAAGUUACUUGUAAGUACGUGGACGUCAAUCCUAGCCUGCAGAAACGGAGUCCUUUUCGGGCGAGGGAACGUUACGAGCUCGCGAGCACAUGUUUUAUUUAGAGUAAGAGCGGACGGUGAGUGGGGUGUAUAUUCGCUGUUUAAAUUCUCUGCAUGUCCUAGACCUCCGCAAUUGUACUUUUAAAAACCCAGUUCUAUAGUCCAAAGUUAGUUUUUUGCCGGAAACGUUAUGGUGGUGGACAUGUAAUUGCAAUUCACUGCUGUUUCCGCUCUUGUUUUUUUUCGUUUUGUCUGCAGGGCUGUGCUGUUUCACAUUUUCGACAAGGAAACUGUUGGUAGCAACAAUUCACUUGGACAGGUCAACAUAGAGCUAAAGUACUUAGACUUGGAUGAGCCAAUCAGAAAACGAUACCCUCUAGCUGAUCUGGUAACUGAGAUAAUUAGUUUUGCGUCCUUCGCAUGUGGAGAAUUUUAAAGAUAAACUUUGUCUUCCUGGAACAAUUUCCAUGAAUUGUCGGAAGUAAAUCUGGUUUGCGUUGGUUUAGUGUAAUGACGAUCUAUGAUUGGUUUGAGGAGGCAAAUUUAAAGGCGUCUUUGCUCCAAAUUAGAGAAGAAUGGGCUUAAAAUUGGCUAGCUACCGGGCUUCCUAAAACUCGCUCUUCUGAGGUGCAAAAGAGCAAAGUUCGGCUUUCACGCACGAAUGUUUGAAGAUUAAAGAUGUACCAUCGAUGCAAACUGAUAAUACGAAACAUUUAACGAUUAGAAGGACUAUGCCCAAAAUUCGGUCAUUUUUAGUUUAAAAGCUAUUUUCAAUAGCGAUUAUGUUAAAAAAAAAUCCUACUUGCAUUCCAAAUUGUCACGCGCGGUGAAUGGUAGAUAAAUCUUUAAUCGAACAGAAUCCGUUUUAAUUUUUAAAGUUGGUCAACAAGAACCUUUAUUCAUUUCAGUUUAAAAAUUGCUGGUCGAAUUGAAAGGUUUGAUUAGGUGGGGGGGUGGUGCGAAACUUAUGUGGUGUCUAGGCUCCAGGACCUACGCGUUUCACAUGCAAAACUUGAAUAUGGCUCAUCUUCGGUUCUUCGAAGAAGAACACGAUUUUACAGUAACCACUUUCUGGUAUUUCGGGUCUAGUUUUUUUUUUUUACGCUCUGUCAAACUUCCUUCAUGGUGAAGAGACAAUACAAUAUGACCGUAUGAUAAGAUGGAGAUAUCAGUGAUCGGCAAGUAGUGUCUCUAAGGAUGGGCGGGGUUCAAGUGGAGUCCAAAUGACGUACUUGACGAGUAAGCUAAGAAUUAACUUUUAAAAAUUCUUAUUAUAUUUUCCAAUUUUUGUGGUAGAAAAAUGAAUCUUACAAGAGAGCAGAAUGGGCACAGAAUGCCGUAGCUCAGGAGUUCAGGGAGGCCAUGUACGCGCAUGCGUUGUACAGACAUCCCAUUUUCUUGCGUGGUAUCGAAACUAAAGGGCGGAAGGUAAGACUAAAGAGACAGCUUUUUAAUUUAAGUAAACCUUGACAGCUUAGAAAUCAUGCAUUGCUGGGCCUGAUGUUUUGAAGCGCGAUCUUCAGCAACACGUCUCCUGAUAUUUUUAGUUAAAUCACGAUUAGUGUUAAUGGGGAGUCAAUCAACCCGGCUCAGCCUCUCGGGGUACCUGGUAUUAUUUUGUAUCUCUGGGGUUUCAAUAAAAGUCACUAACCGGCUGUCUACCACCUAGCCUACAUGUAGCCGUACCCUCUCUCCCAAGGGGAUGGGACACGUUUCCCCUUCUGGGGGAGAGUACAGCUACACGUAGGCUAUCUACCACCGUCUGUUUACCUUGCGACCAGGCUCUCUCAGCAGUCACUCAUAGAAAAAGUCAUUGAAACUCUAAUAUCUUAAGGAAUUCAAGAUGAAAGGGUGUGUCCGGAACACUUUUGCCUGUUUUAUCGUAUGAUCUUUGAAGGUCGAUACAAAACUUUUUGUCCUUUUCGUAAAUACUGCAUGCAGUCUUUAUUUUCAAGACGCAUUUUCGUUUUCUUCAUAACGGUGUAGCUCACUCUCCGCUGGUUGAGGGUGCGAGGGUUAACGCAAAAAAUUGCUUAAUAGUGGUAAUCUACUAAAAGUUUUAAAAAAAAAGUGGCGUAAGCUUCGUCGAUUUUAUGCGGUAUUGUUAAAAUUGUGUCUAGUUAUCUUUUACCACUCUCUCAUAAGGAUAGGAAGUUAGUGACUCGAAUAAGAAACUUAUCCUUCAAGUGUUUUCCUUUACUGUUUCCCUGGUCUUUUGUGGGUUCGCAUAACGUCCUUGUGUCUUUCUCUCGUUUUAGUUGUACUCAUUGAGCAGUCGCAGCGCCGGUUCAUCCUCCAAAGUGUUCCUGGUCAAUGGUAUACCCGGUUAAACUAACCGUCGUUCUUCUUGGAAGACUUUUUUAUGACCUAUCAGAGAACUAAGAAGCUUUAACAUCCUUACUUGCUAACGCACAUACGUGUCCUAUCAAUGGCCUUAUCUAGAUACUCCUGUAGCUAAACUCAGUUGCUUUUGAGCUGAAUUGUUCGGAGCACUUUUCGAGUACGUUAUUUUCGCGCGUGGAAAAAGGUAAACUGUAUGUAAAUAGCGAUAUAGACAUGUAGGUAUCUUGAAAUUUUAUUAUCGCUUCGGUACUUUGAAUAGUUAAAUUCCGUCCGUAAUGUUAAACGUAAUGAACCAAUCGAAUUCAUGUUUCUCCGCUCGAUCUUGUUCAACACUUUCAUGACUACGAAUCGACUUAAACUUCACUCACUCUUUCCACCAAUGUCAUUGUUAAUAACUCACUGUUUCAACAAAAGCCAGCUUGUGGACCGCCGCCUACAAGCAUUCUUACCACCGUCUUUUGAACCUGCGGGCUUGGUUUUACGUGACGGCCGUUUCCUCGGCGGGUACAGCCGCUUAUUACAGCAGCAGUAGUUUAACCCCUGAGAGUGACUAGUUUCUAAUUUCUCCUCACAAUAUCUCUCCUAAAUCACACACUAAGGUUAGGAGAAUAAUGGAAAUGAUCAACAACUACAGAGGUUCUGGAUCGUUAAGCUGAUUCUCCUUGUCAGCGCCUGAGGAAAUGUAUAGAGAACAGUAUGGAGAAUAUGCAUACUGAUAUUAGUGUGUAAAGGGUUAAGGAAAAAGUUAUUUAUAG